CUCUGGUUAACGUCAAGAACAUGCCGGCGAUCUUCUCCGAUUAGUUCUGAAGCUAACAAAGUGAUCAUCGGAAUAUCUUUAAGCAUGGAAAGUACUGAUUCAUCUACAUCUUCACAACAACCACACCUGCCACCGGGGUUCCGCUUCCACCCCACCGAUGAAGAGUUGGUGGUUCACUACCUCAAGAAAAAGGCAGCCUCCGCUCCUCUUCCGGUGGCCAUCAUCGCCGAAGUUGAUCUCUAUAAGUUUGAUCCAUGGGAGCUUCCAGCUAAGGCGGCUUUUGGUGAGCAAGAGUGGUAUUUCUUCAGUCCUAGAGACAGAAAAUAUCCGAACGGAGCUCGGCCAAACAGAGCGGCGACGUCGGGGUACUGGAAAGCCACCGGAACUGAUAAACCGGUAUUGACGGCUGGUGGAACACAGAAAGUUGGUGUGAAGAAAGCUCUUGUUUUCUAUGGAGGUAAACCACCGAAAGGUGUUAAGACGAAUUGGAUCAUGCAUGAGUAUCGACUCACUGAUGGUAAAUCCAUCUGCAAACCACCUGGCUGCGAUCCUGUGAAAAAUAAAGGAUCUUUAAGGUUGGAUGAUUGGGUUUUGUGUCGAAUCUACAAGAAGAGUAAUAUGCAGAGACCGGUGGACAGUGACGGCGGCGGCGGUGGCAGUGAUCUGACGAUGAACGGGAUGAUGGUAUCUCCACCGGCGAGUAGGUCAUUCAACCACCCGGGAAUAAUGAAACCCACUGGAGGCUACACAGGGUAUAAUACAAUGAUGGAGAAUCAUGAACACACCAACGUUCUUUACGAGAACGUCAUGCUAAAUACCAACUCCGACGCCGACGAUAAUAACCACCACCACCAUAACAUCACCACCUCCAAUCUCCUACAGACAAGGCGAUUAACACUACCAGGGUUGUUCUGGAACGAAGAGGGUAAUACAGGAAAUUCAUCAUCAUCGACGUCGUACACCAAGAUGUUUCUGACUUCGGAGAAUAACCAGGAUGGAAGUCCGAUGGCAGCACAACCGACUGGAACCACCGAAGAAAACAACGGGUCGAUGGGGAGUUUACUUAGCCAGAUACCACAAACAGUUUCAGUAGCACAGAUGCAUCAGCAAACAAUGCUGGUGGCUCCCGGAGAAAGCAUAUUCCGACAACAGUUUCAGUUGCCUGACAUGAAUAAUUGGUACUCUUGAAUCGAACAUAUGAAAAAGAUGAAAUUUUUGUUAAUUUUGGUAAGACAAAAUGGUCUACAGUUGGUGUGAAUGUGUAGCUGGUUUGCUGCCAAAUUUAGGUAAGAUGCCAUGGAUGAUAUAUUUGCUUAAGCACUGAAAAUAUUAGCUAGACUUAUUAGAUAUAAAACACAAUUAUGUAGAGACAUAUUAAUUAUUAUGUGAA